GAACGUCUAGUAUAGUCUGUGCAACUGCAACCUAUCAAAUUAUUCCGUAAUUUUUUUCCUUGGUAAAUUUCGGAUUAUUCCCGAAUAACCAUGGCUUUCGGAGACUAUCCAAAAGAAUAUAACCCAGCGGUUCACGGGCCAUACGAUCCGGCUCGCUAUUAUGGAAAACCUGAUACUCCUUUUGGUCAGCUUAAGCUGAAUGAGAUUGGAGCAUGGCUGGGACGCAGAAACAAGACACCAUCGGCUUUCAUGGGGGCUUGCAGUAGAGCCUGGUGGAGGUGGCAACACAAAUAUGUCCAGCCUAAGAAAGUUGGUAUGGCUCCAUUCUUCCAGCUGCUUGUUGGAUCAAUGACUUUCUUCUAUGUUAUCAACUACGGAAAGAUGAAGCACCACAGGAAUUACAAAUACCACUAAACUACACAUCCAGUUAUGAAGAGUGACAUCAUAUUUUCAAUUAAGUAUAUGGUGUUAGAAAAUUUUUUGUGCUAUAGAUCCAAUGUUCUGUUCUUACAAAAUAAAAUAGUUUAAAAAAUUAUUUGUGUA